UGCAGGGAUGGAGACUGCGAGGUCCUUGAUGGUUGGAACCCGUGGGGAAAAUCACUUUGAUGAUGAGUCUUUGAGGCUGCGACAGCUGAAACUAGACAAUCAGAGAGCGCUGCUGGAGAAAAGGCAGAGAAAGAAGCGCCUCGACCAGGUCCAGCCAAAUUUGGUCCAGCCAAAUCCUGAUGUGGGCUUUCGUCGGCCAAAGCUAAGAUGUGGGGAGGAGGAAACUCCUUUGGUGGAAUCUCCUCCUCCCAGCAAUGCCAUCCUGCCUGGCAUUGAUGGUCCAGCUGCCUUCAUGAAAGCUGACCUUCAGGAUUUGGAAAUGGAGCUUCCUGUCCACUCCGUUGACUCUUCUGCUAUGGAAGAGGGCACUGAAGGAGGCGCAGAUGAGAAUAGCACCAUAGAGACUGUUCCCAAGCUGGACCUAAAAGAGCUUCUUCAAAAACAUGGUAUUUCAUGCAGUCUAAAUUUUGACGAGGAGAAAACUGACAGUGGGAAGGAAGAAGGCAAACCAUUAAGAUCUCAUUCUUCAUGUUCAGAGGCCGAAACACUCAAGUCUGGAUCCAGCCAGCAAUCCGUCACAGAUUUGGGCACUUCCCGUUUGGUGGCCCAAGAGGUAGAAGUGGAGAAGCUCUUGGGAGAUACGGAGAAUUUAGAGGACUUCGCCCCUCGGGGUGUCACUAUGACCUGUCGGAUAACCAGAGACAAAAAAGGAAUGGAUCGGGGUCUCUUCCCCACUUACUUUACGCACCUGGAAAAGAGUAAGAGGAAGAAGGUAUUCGUCCUUGCAGCUAGAAAGCGUAAGAAGAGUAAGACAUCCAAUUACCUUAUCUCCACGGAUCCUAUAGAUUUAUCUCAAGAAGGGUUAAGUUACAUCAGUAAACUCAGAUUCAACCUCAUGGGAACCAAGUUUACAAUCUAUGACCAUGGUGUCAACCCCAACAAGUCCAACAGCUGGGUGGAAAAGUGCUACAUGCGGCAGGAGCUGGCGGCCAUCAGCUACGAAACAAAUGUACUUGGAUUUAAAGGUCCUAGAAAAAUGUCUGUGAUCAUUCUAGGACUAACUAUGAAUCAUGAGCGAAUCCCAGUUCAGCCACGAAAUGACCAGGAGAGCUUGCUUUCAAAUUGGAAGAACAAGGUCAUGGACAAUAUGAUUGAGUUGCACAACAAGGUCCCGGUCUGGAACCAUGACACACAGUCCUACGUCCUCAACUUCGGCAGCUGAGUCACACAGGCAUCUGUGAAGAACUUCCAGAUAGUCCAUGAAAAUGAGCCUUCUUACAUCUUCAUGCAGUUUGGGCGUGUGGCUGAGGAUGAGUUCACUCUGGACUACAACUACCCUCUCUGCACUCUUCAGGCCUUUGCCAUCAGCCUCUCCAGCUUUGACAGCAAGUUGGCCUGCGAGUGA